AAAUUAAAGCCAGUGGCUGCCAAAUGUUUAUUGUUGUUCAUUGUUAAGUAGCCAGUGAGUGCUGUGCAUUUAAAGUUGUGGCCGUUACGCGCUAAUUCAAAGUGCUUAAUAAACGUGUUAAUUAAAAUAAAAUAAAUAAAAGUCUGCAAAUAAUUUAGUGAGACAUCAUUUUCGAAAGCUUCGCAUAACUAAAGAGUUCAGUAAUUAAAGUAGUCCAAGCAGUCCAUCUCAAUUAGAAAAUGCAUUAAAAGCACUAUCUUUGCACCAAUGACUAAAUGAAAUUUAUUAAUUUCGCAGUGGAAAAAUACGGUUCCGCUAUAAAUUUUUAGUGAGUGCAGUGGAAGAUGUUGAUAUUUGUGUUGCGCUACUUCUUCGUUUAUUGGAUACUGCUGGGUGGCAGCGCCAGCGAAGAAUCGCUUUUACGUGAGUUAAAUUUGGAAUCGAAAGACUUCCCCACAACUUCGUGUAGAUUGCAUUGCAUGCAUCGCUUACGAAAAACGAAAUACGAAGGCGACUUGACGGAGCGACAUAACAAUUGGGCGGAUCAAUCGUGCACCGAACACUGUACUAAGGAAAAUGCUACAACGUCCGCGCAAUCGGAUAAGUAUCAGUUUACACAUACUCGCUAUCGGAUGAUAUUAGUCUGUCGCGACGACACUAGCUUGACAUUUCGCAUUGUACACGUACGCAGCGUUGGAAAUGAAGAUACAGAUAAGAUUGCAGAAGGUGAAAGUAAAGAAAGUGCAAGUGGUGUAACACAAAAGGCUGCAACAGAAAAGAAAUAUAGAAGCAUUAUAUUAAAUAGCGUAGAUGAAGAUCCCACCAUGUUUACUUUGCCGGUGAGCAUGGGGAAUGCCACGGCGCCGCAAAUGCAGACAACAAUGUCUAAUCCCAACAUUGACACCGGACAACUGAGUGAGCCCGCAGAAGCGAUUUAUAUGAUUAAAGUACAAAGUGGCACAAACGCGACUAUUUAUAUGUUCAAUGAGAACUUUUUCACAAUAGAUUAUCUCCAAAACUCCACCACCUAUACAAUUUCCGCUUUGGCGGUGAAUGCCAAACAUCAAUAUGCCGUCGUGGCUAGAGCGGAGGAAUAUUCGACUUUACAGCAAGACUAUACGCCGGGCUUUGUCGGAGAUAUGCAAUUGGAGCGCUUUUUGCCCGACUAUUCAAACGAAAGGCAACUUUUGGCGGAAAUCACUUGGCAGCCGCCUGAAGACAGAACAUGUUACUACCUUAUACUCUACUUCGAUGAUUCCGGGUCUGAUAUGACAUCUAUGGAAAUACGUAAUCCUCGACAAUUGUACGUGCAUACUUUGGAGAAUUUAACCUUUUCGGCCAUGUACAAGGUUGGUAUAAUCGCCCAGAAUACCCACAAUGCCGCCAAAGAAAGUGAAAUGAAGUGGUUAAUGAUACAGACACCGUCGUGUGCGAAAUGGUACAACUACAAUUUCAACAUUUGCCCACCAUUUGCACCCAAAGGAUUAAAAGUUAAGCGCAAAUAUGUUCGAGGAAAUGUUUACUCGCUGUACAUUAGUUGGAAAAAGGCUGAACAUGCGAUUAGCUACUACAUAAUAAUGGUUGUGGAUCGUAUAGGUGUUGGACGCGAUUAUAAAUUUAAUGUUAGUAAGGACAGCACAGCGUUUACAAUAGAAGAAAUCGAACUGAACGGCACACUCUACGAUGUGCAUUUGAUUGCCUGCACCCCGGGUGGCAACAGUUCCACCCUUCUGCAAGAGGUCAACAGCCAAACUGUGCUUCUGCCGGAUAAGAGCACAAAUAUUGCCUUGUUAGUUAUCGGCGGGCCAAUCGGUCUAAUCAGCAUUAUAAUCAUGUGGAUCGUCCUCCAUUAUCGGUGCGCAAAAUAUAGAAGACAUCAGAAGCGUUGUGAAUAUUUUCAGGACCUUGAAAAUAAAGCGCCUAUCGAUCCAAAGGGGACAUUUGACUUUCCAGCGAAAACUUUGCUCACCUCACCGGAAGACCUGACGCAGUUUCAAUUGGAUCUUGAGGAGAAAAUAUUCUUCAACGAUGCCAUGGAAAUCGACCGCAACGAUAUUACGUUGCACGAAAUUCUGGGUGAGGGCGCAUUUGGCUUGGUGCGGCGUGGCAUAUACCACGAUGGCAAGUCGGGCGUGCGCGAAGUGGCUGUCAAAAUGUUGAAAGAUCGUCCUUCUGCCGAUGAUGUGCGCGCUUUCCGGCGUGAAAUCGAAGUAAUGAAAUCGGUAGAGCGGCAUCCGAACAUUGUUGGCAUCAUCGGACAUUGCACAAAGCGUUACAAUGAAAUGCUCUUACUGACGGAAUACUGCAGUUUCGGCAAUUUGCUGGAUUUUUUAAGAGAUGAAUGGAAAUAUUUGUACGACUUGAAUGUAAAAUGCAGCAGUGCCUCAAUAAAUCGGAUGUGCAGCCGAUUGAGUCGAAACGGCGCCAAAAAACACCAGAGGCGUGGGCGCCGCAGCGUUUCGCAAACGCAACUACGCAAUCGUAGCGAUAGCAACAGCAACAGCCAACGCACCUCCAUUGACCAUAGCUACACCAGCAGAAGCGGCGGUUGUGGCACCGAAGAGGGUGGUGGUGGUGGCGGCGUUGCUAAGGUUUUCAGCAUUGACAGCAACAUCAUUGAGCGACUCAAGUUCAAAUAUAAAAAUCUAAACGCGCUACACCAGCGAAAUAGUCUUACAACAGCAACAACAACAACCCUCUAUCGACCCACAUAUGAUAUAUCCGCGGCGACUACGGUAACAUCGAUCGCCACCAUAAAUGGCAGUACGCCGCCGCCGCCACCCACGCCGCUGAUGUCGCCACACUCCAUUGCCGCAGACAACAAAUCGUACGGAUACGAGGAAAUCUGCUGCAACUCAUGCAAGAGUAACAAGUGUGUAAAAAACAAGAAAGUGUUUAACUGUACUACUCACAGUGGUGAGGCGACAAUGCAACAGUUUGACAACGAGCACGCAGAGCAACAGCAAAAAGAGGGUCACUACACGCAUACGAGAAAUUGUGAAUGCCAGCAAAAUUUAUUGAAUGAGGGUCACGCAAAAGCGCAACAACAACAACAACAACAACAAGCUGCUAACGAAAGUGCGCGGAAAUCGACCGGUGCGGUGGAAAAUAAGUCAUAUUUUCGGUUUCUACCUGAAAUCGUGAGUGAAGCGGCACUGCGCCAACGUCAGUGGCAAAGGCGUCAAGCACGUGCUGCAGCACGCAACAAGGCGCUGGCGUUGCCCCCUACUGAAAACAGCACAACUACUACAAUCACUAGUGCUGCAACUACCACAGACAAUUUCGACCAUGACGGCUUGAGCGGAACUGUACGCCGUCAGCCUUUAAGCACCGCCGAUCUCCUGGAUAUUGCGCGACAGGUUGCGGUUGGCAUGGAAUUUUUAGCAAAGAAUAAAGUGGUUCACCGGGACUUGGCUGCACGGAACGUGCUCGUUGCACCAGAUCGCACCAUUAAAAUUGCUGACUUUGGCCUGAGCCGUGACAUUUACCAGGAGAACGUUUAUAAGAAAACCGGAAAUGGGAAAUUGCCCAUCAAAUGGCUGGCCUUGGAAUCAAUGACUCACCAGGUGUACACGACGCAGAGCGAUGUUUGGUCGUAUGGCAUACUGCUCUAUGAGAUUGUGACACUCGGCGGCACACCGUACCCCUCAAUACCGACGCAUCGGCUAUUGCAUCUGCUGAAAACCGGCUACCGCAUGGAGAAGCCAAGGAAUUGCGGACCUGAAUUCUACAACCUCAUGUAUGCCUGUUGGAAUGUAAAUCCUGGUGAGCGCCCUACUUUCAGUGAAGUUAUUAAAAUUCUUGAAGAUUUCAUGGUUGAUGAGCCGGAACGCCAAAUCGAGACUGUAUUGGGUGUGCCAAAUUUGGAGUGCAUUGAACAGUACACCCCUAAAGACAGUCAAUACCAACAACAACAACAGAAAAAGCAACAAGUUCAAGAGCACCAUGAAGAUAAUGAUGAAAUGUUGGAUACGUCGAAUAUGGACGACUCCUAUUUGAAGCCAUUGUAGUCGCACUAAAUCGGCUUGAGUGAAGUCUUGGAAAUUGGGAGUACAAAAGUUAUACAAAGCAUUUACAUACACACAUACAUUCAUACAGUAUAUAUACGUACUUAUAUACAUUGUUAAGUAUUUGUGGCCGAUCAAGAAUAAAAGAGACAUUUCUUACAUUCUUGGAACCGGACACACAUAUGGUACGAUACAUAUGUAUAUGUGAAUAUGCCUGUACCUAUGCGUGGAGGACUAGAACUUAGCAUUAAUAAGGAAUUGAAGUGCACUUUAGUAUAGUACUAUAUAUCAAGAAAGGAGAGAAACCAAAGUUUCUUCAGCAAUAAAUGAUUGUACACUCGUACGCCCACACAUACAAGUAUGCCCUGUAGUCAAAUGAGCCACAGUCAAAUUAUUUCAAAUUUAGUAAAACUAUUAGGCAAAACUAAACUUUGGUUUAGAAUAGAAAUAAAACUGAAAUGAAAUCUCAAAACAAAGAACACAGCAUGUUAUUUGAUAUACGAUCUGUGCAUUACGACAGCUCUCAGCAGAUUUCAUUAGCGAAAGACGAAUGAAAAGAGCAAAAGUUUACAUUAUCUUGUUUUAUUUCUAAAAAAUAUUCUACCGUCAUCAGAAAGUUCUUACAAGUUCAAAUCAAUUUUGUUCCUUAAAAAGUACUCUUUUCUUAUUUUUGUUUUUUGUUGAAAUCGAAGUUUGACUUUUGACUCUAUCGAACAGAAAAUAAUCACAAAUCUGGACCUUCCAACCUAGUUGAUUCUUUAAAAUGUCAUCAUCCCCAAAGCACUCAUCGCUUCGUCAAAUGUCAGGAUUGAGUUCAGUUUAGAUUCAUUUAGUAGAUAAAUUUAAUCGGAUUACUCUAAACGGGUAGGGAAUAAAUAAAGUCUCCUUUAUAAAGGGUGGUUUUCGGUACAUAUGUGAUAGUAGAAGUAAUAAAACGCAUAUAAUUUAAGGUUAUGGCCAAUAAUUUAGCUUUAUUAUAAAUAUAAGGGUCUCCGAAGAUAUUUUAAAAAUUAUUUCGAACAAGUGACCGCCGUGACUGUCUCGAAUAAAUUCCAGCCAAGAAACCAAAAUUUCGAUCACUUUUAGCAGCAAUUGAGGCCGCCAAAAAUAACGCGCCGAUUACUCUCUUCCACAGCGUUAAUCGUCUCGGACUUAUCUGCGAAGACAAGCGACUUCAUAUAACCCCACAAAAAAUAGUCCAGCGAUGCUAAAUCACACGAUCUUGAUCAAAGGCCGAAAUAAUGCGUUCACGAAAAGUUUACUUUAAACGACUAAUGUAUGGAGGAAGACUCAACCUUGAACCCCAUCUAAAAUGCCCUAAGCCGAAAAGUAAAUAAUUGUUUUUGAACCGACUCUAACUUGUGGGAAUGGAUCUGGUAACUAGGGUUCCAUACAACAGAUCCAUAUUCUAAUAUAGGUCUAAUCAAAGUUAAAAAAAGUGUUUUAGUAACACACGGUGUUCUAAGUUCUUUAGACCAACGCUUAACAAAAUUGAAAAUACCUUUCGCUUUCAAGACUAUAGUAUCAAUAUGAAGACUAAAAUUAAGCGUAGGGAGCGUUACUAUCACACCACGAAACAAAAUUGUUUAAGUCUGUUUGGAACAGAAACCUUUCAUCAAUUGAAGGAUAUGAUUUAAAAAGCUUUAUGUCGUCGGCAUAUAAUAAAAUAUUUAAGAAUUCUAUAACAGUAGAGAUAUCUGUCAAUAAACAACAAGAACAGAAUCUUGCGGAACACCUGAAGGAAAAUUAAUUGAAUUUGAAAGAGUAUCCUCAAAUAACACCCGUUGUAUUCCAUUAUAAAGACAAGAAGAUAACCAUUGAAGAAAUCUUGGUUGAAAGCCCAGAAUAUCAAGUUUAUGGACGAGAGUCGAGAGAUUAACUUUAUCGAAAGCUUUGCUAAAGUCAGUAUAUAUAACAUCCAAAAACCCAAUGAUACAUGGUUUACAAAUUCAAGCAAAUUUCUUAGAGUAGAUUUCCCUUUACGAAAUCCAUGCUGAGAAGAAGAAGUUAACGGAGACAUCGAACAAGUUAUAUGGUUUAUAAUGAUAGAUUCAUAAAACUUAGGUACAACUGAUAGUUUUGCAUUACCCUAUACUAGUUCUCAAUGUACAAGUAAACAAUGCAUAACCUGAAUCACUUUCAUGCAAAGGGAUUGUAACUGUUGAUGGACGGUUUCCAUGUUGAAGGAAGAGAGAGAGAGGAAUUAAAAAUCCUUGUCAAAAGCAAGAAGAUGUAUUUGGCACUAUUUUUCAGGAAGCAUGAGGGUAUCAUAUCUGGGCCCUAAUUAAAAGAUUGUUUUAACUUAUAUAAACUAAGUUAAACGUCUUCUUCAAAAAUAACUAGAGCGUUGAUUGAAGUAUUCAGACAGAGCAGGUGUUGACAGGAAAACAUUUUAGGAGAAUUAGUAGAGUAGUAGACUUAAAAAAUUCCGAAAACAUAUUGGAAAUAAUGUGAUUGUCAAAAGAUAAGGUAGAUUUGUAUUUCGUCGAGGACGGUCAUUUGGAAAUCCUGCGUUGGAAAUUAACGAUAUCAUAAAAUAGUUUUGGAUUACGUACAAUAUUAUUUUUUUCUUUUUUAAAAAAAUUGUAUAACAUUUUUGCUUAGGUCCGAAUUUUGUCGACGCAGUGCAGAGUAUUUAGGACAAGUAAACCAGUUCUUUCAAAAUGUUUAAAAGCUCGAGUUUUUUGUUUUUUUAUUUAUAUAAAUCUUUCGCGAAACACGGUUUUGUGCUUUUACUUCUGAAAUAAUUUCAUAAUAUUGUUGUUAAAAUGCGAGACACUCAAUUCAAUAUCUCCGUAAUAAUCAGGCCAAAUACAGUAGAAAGUUCAACUUUUGAAAGCUAGCUUUUGCAAAGUUAAACCGUGCAUAGAAGCUAUCCAGUACAUUGUCUAUGAUUUCUGGAGUUAUUUCCAAAGCAGGAUGAUACGAGCCCUCAGGUUGAACAAGAGGGCUCUGGAUAACGAAACACUUUGAAGGAAUAUCAAUCUAAGCAUUCACAAAAUCUAUACCGAAUUAAAUUAAUUUGGUUCAGACCCAACUAGGACAUUUUUUCCACAAAUUCGUGAAAGUAAGACCGAUUGAAAAUCGGUGCAAUAUAAUGAUCAAAAGUUUUCCAUCAGGCACAUGGUAAAUUGAAAUCACCAAAAACGAGUAUUGAAACUGAAUUAUUUGUCAUCGAGAUAGCACUAUCGAUUAAAGAAGCAUGUUGCAUAUAUACGGAUAAGUCCGACAAAAUCAUUUCCACAAAGUCCAGCUAGUAUGCAUCUCUUGAUUGCUAUGGAGAUCAAAGCUCUCUCCGAACUAGUUUUCUCAUCUGCACGUUAACAUUCCGGAUUAUUCUGUUAAGAUUUAAUAAUCACUAAGUUCCUUCAAUAAAUAAAUAAAAAUUAAGCGAUUGUGAAUCUAGUAUAAGCUCAAAUGCUUAUAAAAAUAAAAUAUUUAAUAACACUCAACUCUAACUUUUAACUGCAGGGUACAAAUGUAUGUGUUUGUAAGCCGUUGACGAGUAGCGACAGUGGUUUCAAGCGAACCGUUUCAGAAGACUCUUAAGGCCCAUUCACAUAGAACUUUUGCUUCGCUUUUCAUCAGACAUUUGUUUUGACGGAAAAGUUCUUAUUAGGGUACGCUUAUGUAUGAGUGCGUUCACAUAAACAGUUUCCGGCACGAAGUCAAGCAAAAUGUUGGACAACUCUCAUCCCUUUACGCUUUGCCAAGCAAUAGUCACCAUUUUCAUUAGAGAGCAAAGCUUUCAAUGUGGCAUACCCUUUGUUUUUGGCGCUUCCUUGUUUCAGUAUGAACUGUCACGUAAAGCGAGGAAAGUUAUAAGUGAAUGGGUGUUAAAUCAACUCAAAAACUUUGACGGUUAAGUUGAGUUCAGGAGAUUUUGACAUUUUGGAAUUGGUAUAAGCGGGACGACCAGAUUGAAAUCCCACCAAAAGAAUGGAACGAAAAUAUUUGUUGUCGUUUUUAAAGAUCACUAAUAAAAAUUGUAAAACAAUGAAAAUGAAAGAAAACGCGAAAUUGAAAUUUAUGUGAUGAAAUCUUUUGUGAUGUAAUGCUUCGUUAAUGUAGAAUUGAAAAUUAUAAAAAAGCAUUUACUAAUUGAGAGCUAAUACGUUUAGUUCAUUUUUUUAGUGUUGAAGUUCGAACGUCAGUUGUUUUAAUAAGUAUGUCAAAAAAUCACAAAAAAAGGAUUUAAUUAGUUUCUCCAUAUGUUAAACGAGUAUAUCCAAUUCGAGGUUCUCUACUUUUGUAAAGAAAAAACACAGUAACUGCAAAUUUA